AUGGGCCUCCUCGACCCCUUCUGGAACGCCGUCGACACCACCGUCGCCGGAGCCGGCACCGCCGUCGGCGGCGCCAUCCAAUCCGUCGGCGACGGGAUAUCGCAAACCGGCCGUAACGUCGGCGACGGCAUCGCCGGUGCGGCCGGCGGCUGGGGCUCCUACGUCAACGACGGGGCCAACUACGUCAAAGACGCGACGGGCGCGGGCGGCGUACGCGUCGGCUCGGCCGGCAACCCGCUCGGGCUGGCCAAGAGCAAGGAGGCCGCGAGAGCGGGCGGCUUCUCGAGCUACACGCCGUACAAGGGCGGCAACAAGGCGAGCACGACGACGACGGAACAGAAGGCGAUCAUGCCGCCGGCGCCGAGCGCGGCAGGAAAGACGGAGCAGACGAAGGCGAGGAGUGCGGUGGGGGCGCAGGUGGCGGCUGAUGCGAGGGCGAAGGCGAUUGCGGCCGCCAAGGAGAAUUACAACAAGAAGAAGGUGGCCGGUGGGGCUGCUGCUGGCAAGGGACCGAGUGCUGGCGGGAACGCGGCUGGUCGAGGGGGCAAGGUGACCGGGAGGGUAGAGGCGUUGAAGGGCCCUGCUGGAGGCGUUACCAACGCCCCAACGAAGCCACUCGGGAACGCGGCUGGACGUGGUGGGAAGGUCGGAGGGACUGUUACGGGGAGAGGAGGUGGUGCUGCUGGUGCUGCGAAGAAGCCUGCUGGGACGGUCACUGGGAAAAAAUAG